UCGCUAGUAGCCGUUCUUCUUUUGAUCCGUGCAAUUUUCGCAUAACACUCGAUUGAGCUUUGGUCAUCCACCAUGAGCGAGGCAUUCGAAAGAUACGAACGGCAAUAUUGCGAAAUCUCCGCUUCUCUCUCGCGCAAAUGCGUGGCGGCCGCCGCUAUGGAUGGAGAACAAAAGAAGCAGAAGAUCUCAGAGGCGAAGUCUGGUCUAGAUGAUGCUGCAAUCUUGAUCCGAAAAAUGGAUCUUGAGGCUAGAAGCUUGCAGCCGAGUGUGAAGGCAGCAUUGCUAGCGAAGCUGCGGGAAUACAAAUCUGAUCUGAAUAACCUAAAGAGCGAAGUUAAAAGAAUCAGUUCGCCUGAUGCGAAGAAUGCUGCAAGAGAGGAGCUGUUGGAAUCUGGGAUUGCAGAUGCGAAAAGUGUCUCUGCUGAUCAAAGGGAAAGGCUGUUAAUGUCAACUGAGAGAUUGAACCAGUCUAGCGAAAGGAUAAGGGAGAGCAGAAGAACCAUGUUAGGGACAGAAGAACUUGGUGUCUCAAUUUUACAAGAUCUGCAUGAACAACGGCAAUCACUUCUACAUGCUCACAAUACAUUGCAUGGUGUGGAUGAUAACAUAGGCAGAAGCAGGAGGGUGCUAGCUUCCAUAUCAAAAAGGAUGAACAGGAACAAGUGGAUCAUAGGCUGCUUAAUAGUAACCCUCUUGCUGGCAAUUAUCUUAAUUAUUUCUUUUAAGCUCAUCCAUUAAAUCAUUUUCAUUGGAAUUAUGCUCAUCUCCUGCUAUGAUAUGUGUUUGUAAAUUUUUUGUUCUUUUUUUGGGGCAAUUGUAUACAGAUCACCCGAAACUUGCUAUUUAAAAAUCAACCACCAUCUUUCAUCCACUUUUCGUGUUCUCACUCAAUUAUCAAAAUUCAUGGUUAAACCUCAACUCAUGUUUUUCAUUUUUAUCAAAUUCUCAAUAGUUUGAUUGUGAUACACAUAAAUCCAUCGGUUCUGUAGUUCAAAAAAAUCACUUGGGUUGUUGAUUUGUAAAUAUCAAUGUUUCUAGUGGUCUGUAUGUAAUUAUUCCCCCCUUUUUUUUAGUUUAUAAUACCAAAGCCCUAUUUUUGUAUGUGGGAUAAAAGUUUGUUGUUGUUGUUUUUGUGUUUAUGAUAUUUGGAUGAGGUUGCAAUGCUUUCUUAGGUGAUGGAAUGCCAUUAGGGAAUAUUUACAUACAUACCACUCAAUUCCUGUGUAUUUACAUU